CGUUCCGUAUCAGGCAUGCGGAGCCACGGUACCUCGGAUAGGCUGUGCUUCGGCUCCUCAAGUAUCACGAGCCAGGAACGAGGUUAUGAUCUUGCUGCAAGUAUGGCAAUGCAUGCGUAACGUAACCGGCCAACCCUCUUGAUGUUCGUUUUAUGCUUUUGAUCGGUCUCUUUCGGUAUCCUCACUUCGCAUCAACUGCCGUUGUGCUUUCAGCUUACACCAACGCCCCGUGGACUUUAGCGACAAUGUGUUGUAUAUUCUCUGCACUGCGCUAUCGACGAGCACGCGAACCACGGGCAGUCAGCACCGAACCCUCGCAAGCCACCGCGGGCUUAUCGACUCCCAGGAAGCCGCCCUCUCGUCUCCUCAAAUUGAGUCCAAUCGCCAGCAUCGAGCCUGUGCAAGCAACAGACACUGCUAUCCCUCUUCCGCCGAAAUACCGAUCGCGUGGUUUGAAUAUACCCCGGGUUCAGGAUGUGACCGAUCCUGCGAUUCGGACCUUGCUCUUUGGUCCUUUCGCUCAGAUCGAUCAUCAUCAGCAUUAUGACACAGGAUACGAUGAGAGGCCAGAUUCGAUACAACAUGAUUCUGCAUCCUUUGUACAUCACGCGUCCACGAGCUUUGGAAACAACGAUUCAGCAGGCAGCGUACAUCCGAGCUCUACAUGUUCCACCAAAGAUGACGAUGGGAGUGGAAAAUCUGAGAGUAUAUCGCCGAGCAGUCACGGUUCUUCUGGGUAUGCGGGCACUGACGGCAGCGGCUUCAAUGUGGGAGCUAGUGUUGGCUAUAGUGACACAAACGGUAGCGGUGGAGCUGAGCAUUCUCUAGAUGCAGUGUACGAUCAGGUGCUCUAAAUCCACACAUGCGCGAACCUCGUCUCACCUGUAUUUCGUUGCCCUCUCAUUGCCCUGCUGAAAUCUUGUUGAGGUGCGGGGCAUUGCUUCCGGUCUCUAGCCAAUUGUAUGGGAGACUGUUGUGUAGCCUGAGGUUCACCGGUCUCAUCAGGCAUCCAUCAACGAGUAGCCAUAUAUCCGGCGACACUCUC